AAAAAAAAAAAAAAAGAGGGGAUAGACAUGAUAUAAUUAUAAAACGUAAUUGCAUUUAUGUAAUUGUGUGACACGGUUGGAUCGACAACUCUAUUAAAAAGGCCAAUGAAAAGCAUUCCCCACGUGUGCUAAAAGGAAUCAGGCCCCGGCCUCAAAUGAGAAGUCACACAAAAAAGCGCAGCUAUUUGCAGUGAUUAAAGCAAAGAAAAAAAAAGGGCACAUUUCUAUCUCUUUCUUUCUUUCAUUUACUUAUCUUUUUUUUUUAAACAAAAAAACAAUGCUUACAUCAUCUACACCUAUUUCACCUCCUGUGACACCUAAAUCAGUCUUGCGGGAACAUGUUGAUAUUCCUGAAGAUGCCAUGUUACAAUUACCGGUGACUGCCUAUGUGCCUUCGAUUGAUCUACGCCGUAAAUCCAAUGCACGCCGAUAUAGUAGGGCAAUGGCAACAGCGGAUAAAGAUGCCAUCACAUUCAGUAACCCAUUUGCGCUGGAGGGACAAGUGGAGGUGACAGCAUCAGCUAUAAAAAGUCAUCGUUCGAAAUCGAUCCCUCGAAGAUCGCCUUCACCUUCCACAAGAGGUAGCUUUACAAUGGACUUUGUCGGACUUGGCAACGUCGGAACUUCUGAGUUGUCUAGGAAGAGACGGAAUAGCAAUACGACGGAACCAAUGGUCACACCAAACCAACCAACGUUUAACACCACUUCCAUUCUCAACACAGAAAGACAUGUAAAGAAAUCAAAGACAGAUGCCGCAGCAGCUUAUGAUAGAGUGGAUAUUAACAUGAGUGACAAGGAUGCAUUCCAGAACCCACAAUGGAUUCCUGACAUGAAUGUCUUUCAUACUCUUCCUGCCGUCCGUGUUGUCUGGAAAGGCUCACCGUUGGAUAUAUCACAACUACCUUAUUACGAUACAUUACAUCCUGGUGAAGUCAAUAUCGCCUCCACUUUAAGAUUGACACCAGAACAAUACCUUAAAUGCAAGCGAUCUCUUAUCUUGGCAGCAGAACAGUUUGAUAAAUUGGAUAUCUCUUUCAGAAAAUCAGAUGCACAAAAGUGUGUAAGAAUCGAUGUAAACAAAACUAGUACACUCUGGAGUGUCUUUAGUAGAUUGGGCUGGUUUAAUCCCAGAUCUGCCUAAAAAAAAUGAACAACAAUUAUGACCUUUUAUGAAAAGAAAAAAAAAAAAUGUAGUCAAAAAAAAAAAAAAUGUAUGUUAUGUGUAAAUAUAUUCCCCCCCACCCCUUUCCUCCCUUUUUUUUUUUUUUUUUUUUUUUUUUUUUAAAAAAAAUAUAUAUAUCUCUC